GUUUAUGGCAAUGUGUUCUAGACUGUUCAAGAUAUUGCAUAAUAUUGUUUGCAAAAUCUGUCAAAUUGGCUGCUUCUUUUAUUCGAUUUAAUCCAUAGCAAAUUGUUAUUUCACGAUCGUGAAUGAUUUAAAAAACGGACAGAAUAUACAUAAUGCUAGCAUGUAGAACGAUCGUCGCGCGACCGAUUCGCAUGAUUUAUUCGACGCUCGACAAAGCCUGUGCGCGGCACAUAUUUAAAAUGUCGUUUCAAUGCGAUCGGCCUCUCCUCCUAAUGAACCUGAAUGCUCGCUCACUCGGAAGUGCCAUUGCAGAAAAUAAAAUGCGCAACGGGUUUGAAUUAUGAACAGACAUGUACCUACGUGCCGAGAGGGGCGCAGCUGGUCCAGUAACGUCAAGUUCCUUUUUAAACAGGGGUGUGGCGAAGCGAUUUGCAUAUGCUGGCUGGACGCAACGCCGGCCGAGCACUCUUAUUUCGGAUUUCACUCAUUGAAAUCUCGUGCCGGCCGGUCGAUACGAAAUUCGCGAAAUGCUAAUCGUCGCACGAAAAUCCAGGUGUCAUCUGCAUAACCGUGCAGAGUGUUUAGAAGGAUAGACGUAGUCGAAUAGAAUGGUUAUUUUAGAUAUUGUGAUGGGAUGAAUGCAAAUAGGAAUUGAUGCGAUUUGCAAUUCCAGCAAGGACACCGAGACUGUAGGCGGUUAUACCGAAGUCGGGAAGCGAGAAAAAUCCACGCACUAUGGCCGUGAGUGUCCAUCGCUGCCCAACUGCUAUACCUGCUACCCGCCGGGAUCCACGUUGCUGGAGUGUCGCCUCGAAGGUGAUCAACCUGUGGCACAUGUUGUCCAAGUACCUGGACGGGGAUGCCCGGUCAACCAGAAAACGUGUCUAGUCGUCGAGACCAAGGGGACGGAGUUCGGACCAUUAUCCAGGAUCGUGUCUCAGCCACACGAAGAGCUAACAAGAUCCGCUGAAGCAUUAAUGCCGUGUCAAACACAGACGUCGCAGCUGCCAAUGAGCUAUUGCUUAGAGUCGAGCGAAUGUAGAGGAGGACCAGUGGCCAGAGCUGUGAUAGUUCCCACGAAUAACUGUCCCUCGAGCAAAGUUACCACCAUGGAGACCACCAAUGAAGGGCAUUACGACAAGCCGACGUCGAAAAUCGUGUACGGUCCAACGAUCAAGGAAACUACCGCCCCCAUUUGCAACGAUGAACCGGUAACCGUUAUCAAUUGCAAGGCCAAUAGAAAGCAAACCGCAGUCAGAUUGACUAGAUGCUUGGUAAACGCGAACCCUGGAGCGAAAACACAUUUUGAGACCUGCGUUGCGAGGGACGGAAGCUGUCCCACCACUAUGGGUUUUGUACGUCCGUGCGAUCAAGACCCGACCCAACAAAGCGUUGUUGAGACAAGCAUCGACGAGUGCGGGAUAUCCAAUGCGUGCAUGGACACGUGUUCACAGGACGACAAGUUUUGCGGGUGUUUGGAGUCGAGGCCUUGCAAGGCCGGACCAACCGCCAAGAUAACGCAACACAAUGCACGCGACACCGUCCAAGACACACGGCCAGUAGUCAAUAGAUUCGAAGAGUCCACGGAGAAAGUUUAUCGCACGCCGCCGGAUUGCGUGGUCACUUGUUCGGGUUAUAAAAAACCGAGGUUCAAGUGUCCUGCCAAAGAUUUCCACCCUAGGAUAGAACGUAGAAACGGUCUCGAUCCGGGCGAUCAAGAAUACACGUCAAAUCCUUUCAAACGUCCCAUAAAAAAGCAGAGACAAGUCUGUCCCAGACAUUGCUGUCCGCCUAUACAUAAGCCAAAAUCAACAUCGCAUGGACAGUGCCAAAGAGCACAAUCUGCGAUUUCCAGAUUGUCUGAACAUUGUCUCCCCAUCGAACGUCCGAAGUCGUGUCUAGAUUCCCCCUCACGUCUCAAAUAUCAACCUGACUCCGGUGACCAUGCUUCUCAACCCAUGGGAAUGUUUGUACCAUGUACGAGUACGGUCGAGCCAAGUCACAAGUCUCGUACAGAUCCGCCUGAUUUGAAACCUAUCAAAUGCGUCCUGGUGCCAUGUACAAUUGUGAGUAAAACGGAAGAAGAGGUAAAGAGUGAGAAGAUAGACAGAGAACAAACAAGGAAGACGAAACGAUGUGUGGAAGAAUGUCCAAAAGUCAAAGUAGAAAAAAUGGUUCCGUGUUCCAAAGGCUUUACCGUCGAAAUUAAAUCGGAAGAAUUAUUGACUCGCUAUAGAGAGUACAUGUCACCUAACACGCUGUACCGAUACGAGACUUCUCGUUCCAAGAGGAACGGUCUUCAAGACGAAAUGAAGCUGCCCGUACCUCGCAUGGUGCUCGAAUUAAAAAACAAAGAAAUUGAGGAACUGUGUCGUGAGGGAUCCGCGAAGUUCGAUGCGAAGGACGAGUGUCCCUGCUGACCACAAAACCGCAUCGUGUUGAUCUCGUUUCGUACAACGAGGGGGCUCGUCAGGAUCGACUUAUGCUCGAUACAUAUUGUCAACGGGGUCCUUGUAAUAUUGUACAGUUUAUUUCAAAGUGGAGUUUUAUAUU